AUGAAAUUCUUUUCACCCAGAGAAGAACCUCAGCAUCCCAGCGGACCUGUGCUUGAGCUCGUUCAGCAAAGCCGCCGCCUUGACCUUCCUCGACUCCUUGGAGGCAUUCGUGUUGAGAAUACGGUGAGACUUGCGGUAGGAGAACUAAUCAAUGCCCUUCUUGAUCGUUCGGAAGAUCGUCAACUUUUGACAGCCCAUGUCAGCGGCGAUCUUGGCGUUGCUCUGGCUUCCAUCAUUGUCGUAAUCCCUGCUCCCACUUAUACGGUAGACACACAUAGACACACACACACACUUCUAUCUAUCUAUCUAUCUAUCUAUCUAUCUAUCUAUCUAUCUUUUUAUAUUUCUAGCUAUCUUUUCUGGAUUACAAGUAACAAUGAGUUUCAUUUUGUUUUUCAUUCGUCUAUCUAUCUAUCUAUCUAUCUAUCUAUCUAUCUAUCUAUCUAUCUAUCUAUCUAUCACGGUAUGUUCAUCUCUCUAUCUAUUUUUCUAUAUAUUUAUUUAAGUUUACCGAUAUCUAUCUAUCUAUCUAUCUAUCUAUCUAUCUAUCUAUCUAUCUAUGUAGUCCCAUAUUUCUUUUCCUUGAUAUCGAAAUUUCUUUCCUCUUUCUUUCUUUUUUUCUUUCUUUCUAUCUUCCCUUCUUUCUUUCUUUCUUUCUUUCUUUCUCAAUCUGUUGAUAUCUAUUUCAUUCUAUUCAUAUUAUCUAUCUAUCUAUCCCAUUCUUUUCAUUUCUGUCUAUCAUAUUUUCUGUUUUGCUAUCUCUCUAUCUCAUUCUAUCCACUCACUCUUUUACUCUCCCCUCUCUCUCUCUCUAUUUAUAUAUAUACUUUUCACAUCUACAAAUUUACGACUCAACAAUAA